AUGCCAGCCACCCGCGUCUGUCUUCCUGGUCCAGAAAUUAACGAAACUUCCUCAAAGCAAGGGAGAUGUCUGAUCGUUGGCGACUCAGUCAGUAUCGGGUACACAARGUACAUCAGAAAAUUYCUUGCCGGCAGGUGCACUGUUUACCACGCCCCUUGGGACUUGUCAGAUGGAGGAGCCCUGGACACCAAACAUGGCAUCAAAUGCCUUGAUCUAUUAAUAGCAUCAUCAAAAUAUCGUCACAUAGCUUAUGACGUCAUUGUUUUUAACUUUGGACUACAUGACGUCAACUGUGACAAUAACAGACCGGAGGAGUUCACCUCGCCACGUGAAUAUCGCGCAAACCUGAAAUUUUUGAAAAACUUUUUUCUACGGACYAACGCCACUGUGAUGUAUGCGUUGACCACAYCCGUUCUUGACGAUUGUAACGUCGAUAAUCUUAUCACCAAGUACAAUAAAAUAGCUAGUGAGGUCAUGUUUCGUUAUCCAAGAGUGGAGGUUAUUGACCUGUAUAAAGUAAUAGUAGAUCGAUGUGGUAACCCACCCAUACACGAGUGUGAUGGCAUCGCUAAUAGAACUUURAUACCUCAUUACACAGACUAUGGUUACAGCUUAUUAGCAAAGCCCAUUGCUGAAGCAAUHGUGCAGUUUUUGAAAUUUGCCUUAAAGAGAGCAGAAAUCUCAUUUACGAUAUCAUGGUCACCACAAGAUAGCGUCGUCGAAGAUGAAAAUAGUGUCUAUUGUGAAAUGAAUAAUACCGUGCGGUCAGCGUGCCCUCACAGUAGUACAUGCGUAAAGAAUACUAACUCGGGAUCAGGGUUCGCUUGUUGUCUGCAUCCUGACGCUGUAGACUGCCUAACUGAUGUUCAUUGUUGUCCUAAGGGAACACGGUGCGCAGACGACUGUAMUAGGAUGGAAUGCUCUUGUUUGACAUAAUACAUCAAGGACUGCGCAACAUAAAAAAUAGUACUGAGAAAAAACGGCUUAUAGAAAGUAAAAUUUAGGACAGGUUUUAGCAAAUUUUCAGGUGUUGGCAUGACUUGUGCAAGAUUUCAUGCCAUAUACACAGACACCGCAUAGAAAGACGUUUUGGACUGAAAGAGCGUGUUUCAAUUUGAAAAAGAGCCACAAUAAAAUGACUUCAUA